CUUCGGUUGCGACUCGGACUCCGAGACCGAGACGCGUCGGAACGCGGCGUGGCGCAGGGUCGAGAGAGACAAAGCGGAGCGCAGCGGAGGAGAUAAAAGAGGGGAUGCGAGCGACAGACGCGUCUGAGAAGGGGAACGAGAGAGACGGAGAAUGGAGGGGUGUGGAGGAGCUUUUAGGUUUUUAGCGACAUCCGAGUGCCGCCGCCGCCGUCUCUCAGUUCCCGUCCGACUCGCGACUCGUGUGUAUACGUGCCGUCUUUCUCGUUCUAUAUCGAAUCGAAAUUAUAUAUAUAUAUAUAUAUAUAUAUAUCCGAGAGAAGCGAUAGAGAAAAGUCGCAGGACGCGUCCUCUCGCCAGCCGAUCUUUUUCAGGCGGGAUCGGAUCGAGGUGUUGCUUCGAAAUUAAACAGACGAAACGGUGUGUCAAGAUAUAUAUCGCGGAGGUACUCGUGUGAGAAACAUUUUGCAGAACUCGUUUUACAGAGAAGGCAGCGAUUGGACAAUCGAUUUGGCUAAAUUGCGUGCAGACUGUCUUUUUCAUCUGGCAGUGCUAAUCGCCGCUAAGGAGACACGUGCAGUUCUCGGACUACGGCCUAUCGGUGCGUUUGAUUUUCCGAUUACGAUAAAUUACGAUGACUGCCGAGCCGUGGAACUUGCCUCCUAAGCAAGGUCUUUACGACCCUGCUCUCGAACGAGAGGCUUGCGGCGUUGGUUUUAUCGUUGCCAUUGAUGGAAAGCGAUCGCAUAAGAUCGUACGAGAUGCUCAGAUAUUGUCGGCGCGUAUGAAUCAUAGGGGGGCAUGCGCUUGCGAUAACGACACUGGUGACGGGGCUGGUGUACUUUGCGCAAUACCGCACGAUUACUAUGCCAAUGAAAUUCGCGAGCAGCAAAAUAUCAUACUGCCCGAAUUUGGACGAUACGCGACCGGUAUUUUAUUCCUUGACAAGAAGACGCAUACGGAGGUGGAGUCCGCGUUCGAGAAACUGGCCGAGGAAUGCAAUUUGCGAGUGCUGUGCUGGCGCGAUGUUCCAACCGAUAGCACGCAGAUUGGUCAAGUGGCGAAGAAGUGUGAACCCUACAUGCGUCAAGUGUUUGUAAUUGGCGAUCAAGAUACGGAAACGCUUAAGCGACAGAUAUUCGUGCUGAGGAAGAGAUCGUCGCAUACAAUACCACGACCGGGAUUGCGAUACUACAUUUGCUCAUUGUCUCUGAAGACUGUUGUCUACAAAGGACAGCUGUCUGCUGAUCAAUUAUGGCAGUAUUUCCCGGACUUCCAGUCUCCAAAGUUCGAGACUUAUUUGGCAUUGGUGCAUACCCGAUUCUCUACGAAUACGUUUCCGAGCUGGGAAAGGGCGCAUCCUCUACGAUUGCUGGCUCAUAACGGCGAAAUUAACACUCUGCGUGGCAACGUGAACUUUAUGAAGGCGCGAGAAGGCGUGAUGAGCAGCCAGAUAUAUGGCAAUCAGCUGAAGUUGCUCUAUCCGGUCGUCGAGCCGAAUCUCUCCGAUUCUGGAUCGGCGGACUGUGUGCUCGAAUUUUUGGUGAUGGCGGGACAACGUUCCUUACCCGAGGCUGUCAUGACAAUGGUACCGGAGGCCUGGCAGAACGACUUGACAAUGGCCACGGAGAAGCGCGACUUUUACCACUGGGCGGCGUGCGCCAUGGAACCUUGGGACGGCCCGGCCUUGCUGACCUUCACCGACGGCCGCUACGUCGGCGCUAUCUUGGACAGAAACGGCCUGCGCCCGUCGCGCUUCUACGUCACUAAGGAUAACAUGAUGGUGAUGGCGUCCGAAGUGGGCGUCUAUGAUACUCCGCCCAGCAAUGUAGUCCUGAAGAGUCGCUUGAAGCCCGGCCGAAUGCUUCUCGUCGAUACCGAAGAGAAGAGGAUCAUACAGGAUGUUGAAUUGAAGCUGCACAUCGCUCGAAGCAGGCCUCAUUCAAAGUGGCUCAAGGAACAGAGGAUUACUAUGGAAGAAUUGCGUGCCGCGCAUGUUAAUAAUGACGAUGCGGGCGACGUAAUCGGGAAUAAUAUAUCCACCGACACGGCUGUCGCAAAGAAAAAUGUCCUUAAUGGCAUAAACGAAGUCUCGGCAGUGAAUAAAGUCUGGAGUGGCGAUAAGCGGCUCUCUCUUUACGGUUACACUCUGGAGACUAUCAACCUGCUACUUCUACCCAUGGUGCAAACCAAGAAAGAGGCGUUGGGAUCUAUGGGCAACGACGCUCCCCUGGCAUGUUUGUCGGAAUUUCAACCAUUAUUAUACGAAUACUUUAAGCAAUUAUUUGCGCAGGUAACGAAUCCACCGAUCGAUCCGUUCCGUGAAAAAAUCGUGAUGUCGAUGCUCUGCCCAAUCGGGCCCGAGAGCAAUAUUUUGGAGCCGAGCGAAUCACAAGUACAUCGUUUGUUCCUGCCCCAACCGAUAGUGUCCUUGAAUGAUCUCGAUAUUCUCAAGCGCACGACGCAUCGCGGCUGGCGAACAAAAGUAAUCGAUAUCACUUAUCCCAUUGAAGACGGACCCGGCGGAUUGUUGAAGACGCUGAAUCGUGUUAAUAACGAGGCUAACGCUGCCGCCAGAGAAGGUUUUCAACUUCUCGUAUUGUCCGAUCGACAAGGUGGUCCAUCAAGAGUUCCGGUCAGCAGUCUGCUGGCUCUGGGUGCUGUUCAUCAUCAUUUGAUCGAAGAGAGACAACGAAUGAAGGUCGGUCUUAUUCUCGAAACCGCGGAAGCUCGAGAGGUUCAUCACAUCUGUGUUCUACUCGGUUACGGAGCGGAUGCCAUAUGCCCUUAUCUGGUAUUUGAAAUGGCGAAUCUAAGGGCAGAUCACGUUUUCGACGAAACAUUUACCGACGAUGUUAUCUUUAAGAAUUAUGCGGAAGCUAUGGAACGAGGAAUCGCGAAAGUGAUGGCCAAGAUGGGAAUCUCAACGCUACAAUCUUAUAAAGGAGCGCAAAUAUUCGAAGCAGUUGGACUAGCUGACGAGGUUAUCGACAAGUGUUUCAAGGGCACUCAAUCUCGUAUCGGUGGCGUGACGUUUGAUAUUUUGGGCAAGGAGGCGUUCGAGAGACAUCAAAUAACGUACUGGCAGAAACCUAUGGAUCUGUUAGUCAUUCGUAAUCCCGGAAUUUAUCAUUGGCGAUCAGGUGGUGAGAAACACAUCAAUGAUCCCACCAGCAUCGCUAGUUUACAGGACUAUGUCGUCUCCAAGAGUAAUCCGGCUUAUGAGAAUUAUCGCAAAACCACGAUGGAAGUGGUGAAAGCUUGCACCCUACGCGGUCAGCUCGAAUUGAAGAACUCGCGCGAGCCGAUUCCCAUCACGGACGUAGAAUCUGCAUCGGAAAUUGUGAAGCGUUUCGCGACCGGUGCGAUGAGCUUCGGCAGCAUCUCCUUGGAAGCUCAUGCCACUCUGGCAAUCGCUAUGAACCGUAUCGGCGGCAAAUCGAACACCGGCGAGGGUGGUGAAAAUGCAGACAGAUAUCUGAAUCAAGAUCCGGAGUUUAGCAAGCGCUCGUCCAUCAAGCAGGUAGCCAGCGGCCGCUUCGGCGUAACCGCCAGCUACUUGGCCAACGCGGAUGAUUUGCAGAUCAAGAUGGCUCAGGGCGCGAAACCUGGCGAAGGUGGCGAGCUUCCCGGUUACAAAGUCACCGCGGAGAUUGCCGCCACCAGACACUCUGUACCUGGAGUAGGUCUAAUCUCGCCGCCGCCGCAUCAUGACAUCUACUCGAUCGAGGAUCUGGCUGAACUGAUCUACGACCUCAAAUGCGCCAAUCCGAACGCUCGUAUCUCCGUCAAGCUCGUGUCCGAAGUCGGGGUUGGCGUAGUCGCCGCUGGCGUUGCCAAAGGCAAGGCUGAACACGUGGUGAUAUCCGGUCAUGACGGCGGCACCGGCGCUAGCAGCUGGACCGGCAUCAAGUCCGCCGGACUACCCUGGGAGUUGGGCAUCGCCGAGACACAUCAGGUGCUCACUCUGAACAACUUGAGAUCGCGCAUGAUUGUCCAGGCGGACGGUCAGCUGCGUACCGGUUUCGAUAUUAUGGUGGCGGCGCUGCUUGGCGCCGAUGAGUUUGGCUUCAGCACUGCCCCGUUGAUCGCUAUGGGUUGCACCAUGAUGAGAAAGUGUCACUUGAAUACCUGUCCGGUGGGAAUCGCUACACAGGAUCCAGUGUUGAGGAAAAAAUUCGAGGGCAAGCCGGAACACGUUGUCAAUUUCUUCUUCGCCCUCGCUGAGGAGGUACGUUCGCACAUGGCCAAUUUAGGCAUCCGCAAAUUCCAAGAUCUGAUUGGACGCACGGAUCUCCUCAAGGUACGCGAUGACAUUACCAUCGAGAAGGCUAAGACCCUAAAUCUUAGCAAUAUUCUGCGAAACGCACUGGACUUGAGACCCGGCGUGAAUAUUAGGGGCGGCACUUUGAAACAGGAUUUUCAACUGGAGAACAGACUCGAUAAUAAACUAAUUCAACUGGCUGAACCAGUUAUGAACGGGGCACGAGCUCGAGUCGACAUCGAGAUGAACAUUAACAACGAGUGUAGAGCGUUUGCAUCAACGCUAAGUUAUCACGUAGCCAAACGAUUUGGAGAAGCUGGACUACCUGAGAAUAGUAUCAAUAUUAAAAUGCAAGGUUCUGCGGGCCAGAGUUUCUGCGCUUUCAUGACCAAGGGUAUACAUGUCACUCUGGAAGGUGAUGCCAACGAUUACGUCGGCAAGGGUCUUUGCGGAGGUGAAAUUGUCAUAUAUCCACCAAAGAACUCCGAGUUCAACUCGGAAGCGAACGUAAUAGUCGGGAAUGUCUGUCUUUACGGUGCCACUUCUGGAAGAGCUUACUUCCGUGGCAUCGCUGCUGAGAGAUUCAGCGUGCGCAACAGCGGAGCAAUUGUCGUGGUGGAGGGUGUAGGCGAUCACGGUUGCGAGUACAUGACGGGCGGUUGCGCCCUGAUUUUGGGUCUGACCGGUAGAAAUUUCGCCGCUGGAAUGUCCGGCGGAAUCGCGUACGUCUUGGACGUGGAUGGCUCCUUCAAGAGCAAAUGCAACCCUGAAAUGGUAGAAUUAUUGCCGCUCACCAAACCCGAUGAAAUCGCCUACGUAAAGCAGUUAUUGGAAGAAUUCAUCGAGAAGACUGGCUCGUUGAUCGCGCAGGAUUUGCUUGCCACGUGGCCGGAACCAACCACGAGAUUCGUCAAAGUUUUCCCAUACGAGUAUCAACGAGCCCUGAAACAGAUGGAGGAGGCCAAGCAACAAACGCCCAAUGUGAUUAAUGGUGACGCGCAAGUGACCAAUCGUAAGAUCAAAGACAUAGAGGAUGCGAUAGAGGAUGCUGAGAUGGCACAACGCAAGCUCGAUAAGAUCAAGGGCUUUAUGAAGUAUCCGAGGCAAAAAAUCAUGUACAGACCGGCUGAGAAGCGUGUAGAGGAUUGGAACGAGAUCUACAACUUCCAGGGUGUCAGGAAGACUCUGCGAGUGCAGGCGGCGAGAUGCAUGGAGUGCGGCGUUCCGUUCUGUCAAAGUAGUCACGGAUGUCCAUUGGGAAACAUUAUUCCAAAGUGGAACGAUCUUGUAUUCCAUCAGAAUUGGAAAGAGGCUCUUAAUCAAUUGUUGCAGACUAAUAAUUUUCCCGAGUUCACCGGAAGAGUCUGCCCUGCACCUUGCGAAGGCGCGUGCGUUUUAGGAAUUUCCGAACCGCCGGUGACAAUCAAGAAUAUCGAGUGUGCCAUAAUUGAUCACGCGUUCGAACAGGGGUGGAUCGUUGCUCAUCCGCCGACCAGAAGAACCGGACGGAAAAUUGCAGUGGUGGGAUCCGGUCCCGCAGGAUUAGCCGCUGCUCAUCAACUAAAUAAAGCGGGUCACACAGUGACAGUAUAUGAGAGAAACGAUAGAAUCGGCGGACUGCUACAAUACGGUAUACCGACAAUGAAGCUGUCCAAAGAAGUCGUACAAAGGAGAGUUUCUCUCUUAGCCGCGGAGGGGAUCAUCUUCCGGACAAACACUGAUGUUGGCAAGGAUGUUGCAGUGCAACAACUUCGAGAGCAAUACGACGCGGUUUUGUUGACUACAGGAGCGACGUGGCCGCGUGAUUUGCCCAUUCCCGGUCGGCAGCUGGAGGGCAUUCAUUUUGCCGUGAGUUUCUUGGAACAUUGGCAGAAGAAACAGAUGGGUAACGCGACGCCACUCGACAUGCGGCUAAUAGCCAAGGAUAAGGACGUCGUCAUCAUAGGUGGAGGUGACACUGGAUGCGACUGCAUAGCAACCUCGCUGCGACAAGGUGCGAAGACGAUCACAACCUUCGAGAUUCUGCCCGAGCCGCCAGCUCAGAGGAGCAAGGAUAAUCCGUGGCCUCAAUUCCCGCGUGUAUUCAAGGUCGAUUACGGCCACGAGGAAGUAGCUGUAAAAUUCGGUCGCGAUCCGCGUAGAUAUAGCACGCUGAGCAAGGCAUUUCUGGACGACGGACAGGGCCACGUGUGCGGCAUCAGGACGAUAUCCGUCGAGUGGCAAAAAGACGAGAAUGGCCGAUGGAAGAUGGACGAGGUGCCGAAUUCGGAGAAGGUGUAUAAGUGCGAUCUGGUACUACUCGCCAUGGGCUUCCUCGGCCCCGAGAAAUAUAUCGCCACGGAACUGAAUGCCGAGUUGGACGAGAGAGGAAAUUAUAAAACUCCGGCUGGAAAAUAUCAUACUAAUAUGUCCGGAAUAUACGCGGCAGGCGAUUGCAGACGUGGACAAUCUCUCGUGGUAUGGGCGAUCGCAGAAGGGCGAUUGGCCGCGAAAGAAAUCGAUUUGGCCUUGAUGGGAGAAACCGGCCUUCCUGGAAGCGGAGGUGUCAUAAUCGGCGUUAGCGCUUAAGGAUCUUUACGACAGAUGUUGGUCUUCCAAUUAGAAAAUGAAAAGAUCCACCGUGUGUAUGUACCACGAGGAAAGGGUCGUAUCGACUAUUAGGAGACAGGAGGAGAGUCCUUGGAGAUCUAAUAAUGCAAGAUCCAAGAUCUAAGGAUUCGAAAAUUCCAAGAAUCCAAGGGGAUACGAACCUAGAAUUAUAGAGUUCAAAAAUCUAGGAAUCCGAGAGAUGUAAAUCGGAAAUAAGAAUCCAAACUUUUAACGAUCCAAUCAUUUAUAGCUUUUAACAUGCGGAGAAGAUUAAAGAAUUUUCUCUUGUGGAAUAAAUAAUUAUACAUUUUUAGAUUUUUAAAUAUCCAAAAAUUUUUGUUUCUCUUUCAAAAACCUAAAGACCGGAAAACUCUUGUAUUCAAAUUACGACAUCCAAUCUAUCAAUUUUAGGAUUCAACGAUUUAAGGGUACACAAGUCCAACAAUGAGAGCAUUAGAGAAGCAGGUUCCAGGGAUUCAAAAAAUAUAAAAAUUGAAGAAUUCAACGAAUUAAAGAUCCUAGUAUUUGCAUAUGCAAGGAACAAAUAAUUUCUAAGUUCAAGAAUUCAAGAACUUAGUAAGAAUUGAAGAGCAAGAAUAUCAAGAUUGAGAAAGCAUACGAUUAAACAUUGAUCAAAUGUAGAUUGCAAAAAUUUAACGAGUCACAUUUGCAGAUUUAGAAAUCCAAAAGUCUACUAGAAGUCUAUUAGAAGGCACAUCAAAUUGAAAAUCUAAGAAAUUAAAGAGCCUGGAAUUCGAUGAAAAUCUAAACGACUAGAAGAUUCCUAGAUACGUUUAAAGAUUUAAAAAUCGAAAAAUUCUCAGACCUCAAUUUGAGAAUGUGAUAAUCAAGUGAGAAGCGAGAAAUAAAGUAAGAUAAUUUCGUGGCACCGAAUCUCUCUGUAUCAGUAACGAGAAAUAAAUGUAAUUUCUUCGUAACGUAGUGGAAUCUAACGUAAGCGUUUCGUUCGUCCAAUUAGAAUUAUCACAAGCGAAAGAAUUAGAGCUUCGAAUACGGCGAAAGAUAAAAAGAGGGAGUUGUAGCAGGAUCUACAUAAUUACACGCGCGAAUCUAUAUUAAGAGGAAUACUUUGUCAAUUGAACAAUUCCCUUUUAACACACACAGUUGCAAGUCUAUUAAAAGUAAAAAUAAAGAGCAAGAUAUUUCAUUAAA